AGUGUUUGUGUAGUGUUCGAAAGCUAAGUUUAGAGGAUGGGUAUGAAGAGUGUAUUUACCGGAAUAUUCCUCCUUUCAAGCAUCUACCUCCUUUUCAUACACCAAUUUCAUAACGCUUCUGCUGCCCCAGGAAAUGUUAACAAUUUAGAGGCGCAUAGAACAAGAGGAAGACCUUUCGCAAGAUUGGGUUCUAGGGGCUCAGGUCAAUAUGCGCGAAUUAAACCUGAACCCUUUGGCGAAUUUAUAGUUGACGAUGAUGAUCUCUUUGAAUUGUCGAAAAGGCAAACUUCUGACGACUAUGGCCAUUUGCGGUUUGGCAAAAGAGGUGAAGAAACAUUCGAUGAUUAUGGUCAUAUGAGAUUUGGACGAAGUGGAAGCGAAUAGUUUUGAGAAGCUUGGUUCCUGGUUACUUGUAGUAAAUGUGUAGAAUAAGAGACGUAGAACAUGUAAAACAUGUGAUUAUUAAUAAAUAACAAAGGGCUGGUAAAUAAAUUUUGCAUCAAAAA